AUGAAAUUUUCCCAUUGUGAAUCACAGAAUACCACCAGCUUCUCUCUCUCUCUCCAUUCAUUCAAUCAUGGAAAACGAGAAGGAUAACCUUCACAUCGUAAUGUUCCCAUGGUUAGCCUUCGGUCACAUGCUACCAUUUUUGGAGCUGUCCAAGUGCUUAGCUCAAAGGGGUCACCGUAUCUCCUUCGUCACUUCCCCAAGAAACAUUCAAAGACUCCCCCAAAUCCCUCCCAGUUUAUCACAUCUCAUCAACUUAGUCAACCUACCCUUACCUCCGGUCGAUAACCUGCCGGAGAAUACAGAAGCCACCAUUGACCUCCCAUACGACAAGAUCCAGUACCUUAAGAAGGCCUUCGAUGGUCUGGAGGAACCUCUGACUCGUUUCCUGGAGGCCUCGUCACCGGACUGGGUUAUUUACGACUUUGCUCCUCACUGGUUGCCCCCGAUUACUAACAAACUUGGUUUGCUUGGAGCCUGCUUCAAUAUAUUCAACGCAGCAGCGCAAGUCUUCAUUGUGUCACCGUCGUCGAUGAUGGGUGAGGAAGAUCCAAGAUCAGAGGCAGAGCAUUUUACUGUGCCUCCCAAGUGGAUUCCUUUCCCUUCCAAUCUAGCCUUUCGCCUGCACGAGAUCCGCCGAAUAUUUGACGCCGUCCAAGAGAACGUUGCAGGUGUUUCUGACAUAUUCCGGUUCGAGUCGACGGUCAGAGGCAGCGAUAUCAUUGCUAUUCGAAGCUGUGUCGAGUUCGAAGCGCAGUGGCUACGUCUCUUAAACGAAGAGAUUUGCCGAAAACCCAAUGUUCCGGUAGGCUUACUUCCCCCUUCGGUGCAAGACAUCAGAGAAGGCGACGACGAUGAGAGCUGGAUCGCUAUCCGUGAGUGGCUAGACAAACAGAAGAGCAGGUCCGUGGUUUAUAUUGCACUAGGGAGCGAAGCAACACUGAGUCAUGAAGACGAGACAGAGCUAGCUCUUGGUUUGGAGCUAUCGAGGUUGCCUUUCUUUUGGGUACUGAGAAGACCGCCUGGAUCAUCGGCAGCCGAGGAAUUGCCAACCGGAUUUGAGGACCGAACCAGGAGCCGCGGGGUGGUCUGUAGGGGUUGGGCCCCUCAGAUGAAGAUAUUGGCGCACCCAUCGGUAGGGGUAUUCCUGACUCACUGUGGAUGGAGUUCAGCCAUUGAAGCACUUGGGUGGGAAGUCCCUCUGGUUCUUCUGCCCCUGACAUCGACACAGGGCCUUUGUGCGAGGCAAUUGGCGUGGGAUAAGAUUGGAGUAGAGAUACCGAGAAAUGAAGGAGACGGAUCGUUUACGAGGAACUCAGUUGCCGAGACACUGAGAUUGGUGGCCGUCAGCGAACAAGGCAACGCCUUGAGGACCAGAGCGAAGGAGAUGAGAAAGAUCUUCUGCAACAGCACUCUGCACGAUGGAUACAUGGAUAAUUUUGAACGCCACCUCAAAAACCAUAGGCUCCGUAAUAAGCUCCUCAAAACAGACUAAUUUUAAGUCGUUUCUGUAGUUAAAUUAAAAAUAUUUGUAAGUUUUUUUUCUUCUCUUCCUUUCUGUUUGAUUUUACCUGGAAAACCUUGCUAUGAAAUGGAAGUAUUCGAUCUGGGUUUUUUUCC